GCCCGGAAGUGGCGGCUGAGGGAAGGGUCGGGGAAGGCGGCGGCGCCGCCAUUUUGGGAGCGCGGAGGGCGCCGGUACCGAUCGCUGCGGCCGCGGCGGGGUGCGGCGUGAGGGGGGGUCGGCGGCCGCGGGAGGCCCCGCCAGGCCCCGCCAGGCCCCGCCAGGCCCCGCCAGGCCCCGCCAUGGCCGCCAACAUCGGUGACCAGCGAGCGCCGGAGUGGGCUCCGCAGUACGGGCUGGCGGCCGGCGCGGCGCGGGAGGGCGGCCUGGAGGCCCCGGCCCACGAGAACCCCGAGUGGGAGAAGGCCCGGCAGGCCUUGGCCAGCAUCAGCAAAGCCGCCGCCGCCGGCGGGAAGAGCGGGGGGGGCGGCGGGGCCGGGGGGGCGCAGUACUCCUCGCCGCAAGGGGACCCCAGCCUGCAGCAGCCGCCCUAUUACCAGUGGUACCAGCCCUACGGCGGGUACUACCCCUAUGGCUACUACUACCCCAUGGGCGUGUACUCGGGGUACGGGGCGACGGCGACGGCGGCAGCGCCCUACGGCACGGGGGGCACCUACGCUGCCGCCCCCCAGCAGCCCCCCACACCCGGGCAGCAGAGCGGCCUCGGCCAGCAGCCGCCGGUGCCAGGCCUGGAUGAGGCGACCCCCUACGGCAGCCCCCAGCCCCAGCUGCCCCCCGCCGCACCCCCCCAGCCCCCCCAGCCCCACGGCAGCCACCCCCUGGGCGGGGGAGGGGGCUCAGGGGCGGCGGCGGGGGGCGGGGGGGGCACCCCAACCAGCGCCGCCGCCCCGUACCCCCCCCACGGCUACAGCGAGGGGCCCGGCCCCGGCCCCGGCCCCGGCCCCAAGGGCAAGAAGGGGCAGCAGCUCUGGAGCCGCAUGAAGCAAGCCCCCGGCGCCGGCGGCCUCAAGUUCAACCUCCCCAAACGCCCCUUCGUCCUCACCACCCCCAGCUUCGGGGCCGCGGAGCAGCGCGGCGGCAGCUUCGGGGGGCAGCCGGGCCCCGACAAACACCACGGGCACGGGGGGAAGCCGGAGGACUGGCCGCAGGACAUGAAGGAGUACGUCCAGCGCUGUUUCACCGCCUGCGAGUCGGAGGAAGACAAGGACCGGACGGAGAAGCUGCUGAAGGAGGUGCUGCAGGCGCGGCUGCAGGACGGCACCGCCUACACCAUCGACUGGAGCCGCGAGCCGCUGCCGGGGCUGAGCCGGGACGGCGUCGCCGAGAGCCCCAAGAAGAAGCGCUGGGAGGUGCCGGCUCUGCACCCCCCUCCCCGGCCGGCGGCGGGCUCGGGGGUGCCGCAGCCCCCUCCCCAGCGCGGCGCCGGCGCCGGGGGGGCUUCCCUGGGCCCCCCGUCCCGCGGCGGCGGCGGGCGGGCGCGCGGUAACGGCUUCCCGACGAAAUUCGGCAACCGGAACGUCUUCAUGAAGGAGAACAGCUCGUCGUCGAGCGCCGGCUCCCGCUCCCGCUCCCGCUCCUCCUCC